AUCCUUGGGGUUUCAUGCGCGAGCUCGACCAGCCACCUGAAUUGCCCGACGCGCACGCCGCGGCCGCCCACCACGAGAGCGAGCGCGACAUCGAACGAUUACGAUGGCGCCUACGACGUACGCCAAAGCGCAGAGCCUGCCCAGCACAUCCACCACCGGCGGAGUUGUACUUGAUGGUCUUGAACCCACAGCGCGACAGACACUACAGGGGCGCUGGCUUUGACAUAGACGACACAGACGACAGUUACAUCGAGGCACGCCUACACCUGGCCUUCUUCCAUUUACGCUACCACCAGCUCGCGCCAGCAAGUUGGCACAUCAGCGAGUGCUACCCAGCCAAGACGCACGAUGCUCAUGGACCUCAAGGUCGGCGCCUUCUUCGCAUCCCCAGGGCGGCCAUCGGCAUGGGCUUCUUCGCGCGCUGCAUCAA